AUGCAUAGUCAUCAUAUGAAUGAGCCCUGGAAGCUUGAGGAAGACCGUCAGUACCCAAUUGAGAUGCCCAACCUGGUGGCGGAGGAGCUGUUCUGGGAGGAGGAAGAUGCCCUGUCUCUCUGCUCCUCUCUGUCUUCCUCCCCCUCAGUCCUGCUUAUAGAUAGCCUAGAGGAGGUGUCUGCUGCUGAGACACCAAGUCCUCCCCAGAGUUCUCAGCGUGCCUUCCCAUCCUUCCAUGCCAUGGAAGCCUUUCCAUGGAGCCACUCUGAAGAUGAGAGCUCCAGCAUCCGAGAUGAAGAGGGUCCAAAAACUGAGGGAGGCUCUGAAGAUGAUGCUGAUUCCAUGCUGCACAAAGCACUGCAUUCGAAGAUCAUGGAAAUGGUGGAGUUCCUGCUCCUGAAGUAUCGCGCAAAGGAGCCAACCACAAAAGCAGAAAUACUGAGUAGUGUCAUCAAAGAUCACCAGAACCACUUUCCUGAGAUCUUCAGUGCAGCCACUGAGUGAAUCCAGUUGGUUUUUGGUAUUGUUGUGAUGGAAAUGGACCCCAGUGCCCACACAUAUUUCCUGAUCAUCGCUUUUGGGCUCACCUAUGAUGGGAUGGUGAGCAAUGGACACAAAUAUCCCAACACAGGCCUCCUGGUCACAAUUUUGUGUGUGAUCACCUCAGAGGGUGAUUGUGCCCCUGAGGAAAAAGUCUGGGAAGCACUGAAUGUUUUAGGGGUGCAGGAUAGGAAGGUGCAUUGGCUGUAUGGGGAGCCCAGGGAGCUCAUCACUAAAGUUUGGAUGCAGGAACAGUACCUGGUGUACUGCCAGGUGCCCAAUAACUAUCCUGCAUGCUAUGAGUUCCUGUGGGGACCCAGGGCCCAAGCUGAGACCACCAUGUUGAAAGCCCUCAAGUUUGUGCUCAUGGUAAAUCACAGGGAUUCCCAUUUCGUCCCAUCCCUGCCUGAAGGGCCUGAGUGCAAUGAGAACUACUAUGCCUGA